CGCGUGAGCCAUAAAGUCAAAACAAAGCUGUAUUCUUCUCUUUUCUUUCUUUUUCUUUAGUCUUUUUCUAAUUGAUUUGAUAUAAAAUGCCUCUUCAUCCUACCGUUCUCUGGGCUCAAAGAGCCGAUGUAGUUUAUUUAACUGUUGAAAUUUCUGAUAUUAAGGAUCCAAAAAUCGACUUAAAUGAAAGCAAGAUUAACUUCACUGGAAAAGGUGAAAAGGAACAGAACGAUUACGAAUUCGAAAUCGAAUUUUACGGAAAUGUGGAUCCCGAGAAAUCUAAGAAGCACUUAACAGCACGUAAUUUAACUAUGGUCAUUUAUAAGAAGGAAGCCAGUUACUGGCCCAAACUUCAGAAGGGCAACAAGCUCAAUUUUGUUAAGGUUGAUUUCCAAAAAUGGAAGGAUGAAGAUGAGGAAGACGACGAGGGACCAGCUGGUGAUCCUAUGGCAGGUAUAGAUUUCCAACAAUUAAUGGCCCAAGCAGGAGCUGCUGGCGGCGGAUUAAGUAAUGUGAACAUGGAUAGUAUGUUGCCUGAAGGUGAUGAUAGCGAUGAUGAUGAAGAGGAAGAAGUUAAAGAUGGAGAGACCAACGCUUCAAACUGAUCACUAUGAGUUUAGAAAGAAAGAAGCGUUUCACAUACAGUAGAGUGCACUACUUUAAAGAAAUACAAAUAAAUUCGCCUUUUUAAAUUGGCUGCACUAAAAACAGGA